AUGUUAGCAAAAGCUGCUGAUUUAUCAAUAAAUACUCACAGCUUCCCGUCAUUAUCAGAAAUAAAUGAUCAGAAUGCUGUACUACAACUUGAAAGCGAAACUAUUGAUAUGACGAAAAUACCUGAAAUGGAUCAAAGGUUAUGCGAUGAAGCACUUGCCUAUGCACAGUUUAUCGCAGAGAAUUUUCCAGCACCAAAAAGUUUGACAUUAGAAGUGAUGCGUCAACGAAGUGAAAAUGUACAUGCAAAAAUUAAUGAAAAACUAAUUGGUACAUUUAAAGGAACAGAAGAAGAACGAAAAAUAAAAGUUGAUGAGAAUACAGAAAUACCAAUUACAAUUUAUACACCCGCUGAUGUUAAAAAAGAUAUGAUGGUUUUAUAUUUUCAUGGUGGAGGUUGGACACAAUGUAGCCGAAAAACACAUCAAACUAUUGUUAAUAUGCUUGCUGAUGCAACUAAAACGAUAUGGAUUUCAGUUGAAUAUCGUCUUUCACCUGAAUAUAAAUUUCCUAUAUGGCUUGAUGAUGCAUGUGAAGCUACUCGACAGAUUCUUGCCAAUAAAAACGAUUAUGGUGCUGAUGAAACGACAAAGAUUGGCGUUGCAGGUGAUAGUGCGGGCGGAUUGAUUGCUGCUUCAGUGUGCCAUACAGUCAAGGGCCUUGAUUUUCAGAUUCUUGUUUAUGGUGCAUUUGAUUUUGCUGGUAAUACAGAAUCUUAUAAAGAAUUUACUCGUCCAGAACACAUCUUAACGCCUCAAGUGCUUUCAUGGUUUCAAACGAAUGCAUUACGCGAUGAUAAUGAUGCGAAAAAUCCUCGAGCUUCUGUUUUACUAUAUGAAUCAUUUCAAGGUUUACCACCAUGUUUAUUUAUUGUAGCUGAACUUGAUCCAUUACGAGAUGAUAGUUAUGAAUAUCAAAAAAAACUUGAACAAGCUGGUGUCAAAACAAAAUUAGUAUUAGUGAAUAAUAUCAUUCAUUCAUUUUUUAGUCUACCAGGAAUUUAUGAGAAAGCGUGUGGCCAAGCAAUUGAGGCUGUUACAGAAUUUAUGAACUCAUUGUAA